AUGUUGGGCGGUGGAAAGAGCAAGAAUAUUAUUUACUACGAGUGUCACCCGGGACUUCCUAAUAGAGUUGUUGAUCGAAUGUCAAAUCGAAGGCCCGUUCACGUGCGUCCUGUAACGGUACACGCCGGUGAUACCGAUAAAACGGAAAAUAAUACCGAGGAUUCAAGGCGAUUAAGGGCCCAUCAUUCAAGACAAUACUCUUGGCAAGAGUCAUGGAUCGAAGUUAGUGUAUCAUCAGCCCGUGCGGCGGUGAUGGUUUACGAUGACGUAAACAAAAGGUGGAUACCGAGUGGUAGCUCUUCAGGAUUGUCUAAAGUUCAACUGUAUCACCACGUUGUGCAUAACACGUUUCGCGUGGUCGGUCGCAAGCUCCAAGACCACGAAAUCGUGAUUAAUUGCGCGAUACUCAAAGGCUUGAAGUACAAUCAGGCGACAGGAACUUUUCACCAGUGGCGUGACAACAAUCAAGUCUAUGGGCUUAAUUUUUCUAGCAAGGAUGACGCGGAUGCUUUUGCACGUGCUAUGUUGCAGGCACUUGAUGUGCUGAGCAACGGUAGCAACAUAUCGAGGAGUCUAGUACCAUCAGGCACACCAGCAGGUCAGCAGCAGACUUAUCCCCAGCAGUCCCAGCAGCCGACCCAGGCCACAGCACAAUAUGAAGAGGACAUGGGAUACAGUAAAAUCCAAGGGCAUGCUCAUCAAAGUUACCCGUCUUCGCUGGUGGGUGCAAUCCCACGGAUUUCAUUGUCGCUUGGACAGCUUUCAGCAGGGGUUGCUGGCGUGUUGCCUUCCUCAGUGCCCCCGACUCCUACUCCCAACCAUCAGAAUCAGAAUAACAUAACAAACAAUAACAAUCACAACAGUGUCGUCGGCUGCUCGCGUCAUUCACCAACAAACGGCCUCAAUUCGAGAACUAUGACACGAGAAGACGUAGCAAUUAUUCAAGAACGCAGAAUGUCACAACAAAGUCAAAGUUCAAAUGGUCCAAGUGCGGUGUCACCAAGCUGUCCAUCAGUAAACCCCCAGUCCCAGCAACAACCAGUCCAGCAGCAGCCCCAGCAGUCAGGACACCAUAGAACGUCAUCAGCGCCUCCAGCGCCUCAACCCCAGCCUCCACCAAUGCCUGGAGCGAUGAUAACGCGGCCGCAGAUUCCAGGGCCUCCAGUACCACCGCCACAGCCACCGGCAGCUCCUCCAGCGCCUCCUUGUCCGCCGAUGAUGAACAUCAAUGCCCCAGUACCGCCCCCAAUGAUGAACCAGUACGCACAAUCAUCUUCCCAGUCGAAUAUUAUCGCGAGCCAGCCAAACUCCCAGCCCCAAAAUAUUUACGGCAAUAACAAUAUUAACAACCAGAACAAUCAGGCCAAUAAUAAUAAUAAUCAGUACGCGAGUAAUUCAAAUGUCUGUCAGAGUCAGUACUCCAGUCAGAGUAGUCUUUACGCCGGCAAUAAUCAAAAUUAUUCUCAGUCAAAUAACUCAUUAGCGGGAGCUCCCGUGAGUCAGUACGCAAGCACUCAAAAUUGUCAGUACAAUUCCCCUGGUAAUAAUGUUGCUGUUGCCGGUAAUCAGUACGGUAGUAAUAGCUCGAUAAACCAGUAUGCUAGUUCCCCGAGUCAGUUUGUGCAGCAGCAACAGGCUCAAGUUUCUCAGUACGGCCCCGUGGGCCCAGUCGCCCAGGGCCAGUACAACGCCCCCAACGCAAAUAACGUUGUUGCUAAUCCUUACGGGACACCUGCUAAUUCUGUUAAUCAGUAUGCAAGUGGGCCUGCGGUUAACGCUAACGCUUAUCCUCCCGUUGGCAGUAAUGGUCCUCCACCACCCCCGAUGGGUCCGCUCGGUGGUCCUGCUGCUCCACCUCCACCUCCGCCCCCGCCUGCUCCCAACGCUGAUGCUGCCAAGGCUGCCAAUAAUAAUUCUAAUGCUAACUCGGUGCCUGAAUCUGCGCCUGAUGUUAAUUCUUUGGCAGCUGCGCUACAAGCUGCUAGAUUGAAGAAGAAACAGCAACAAGCACAACCAGUAGAAAACGGUCCUUCUGGCAGCGGAGGUGGCGGCAAUUACGGAACUCUGGGACGAGGAGGAGGCGGUGGAAUGGCUUCGAUGAUGGAUGAAAUGGCCAAAACACUAGCACGUCGCCGAGCAGCUGUUGAAAAGAAACAACCGGAACAACCACCGGAACCCGAGAGUUCACCCGACAAAAAAUCCUGGGACAAAAAUAACGCGAAUAGUAAAUUUUCAAACGGCGCAGAGUCACCGAAGUCAGCCCGGAAAAGGUUCGGGUCAGCAUCCGAAGACACUUUGUUACGAGUUAACGGUGUUAAUGACGGGGCCUUGCUUACUGCUCAAGAAAUGGAGGCCUUUAAAGCUGAAAUAAUAAAAGAAGUGCGAAAAGAGUUUCAGAAAAUGAAACAAGAAAUAAUUGACGCGCUUAAAGGAGAGCUGAAUCGAAGGUAA